AGUUCGCUGAUCACGAAUAAGUAGAACUCAUAGAGUCUCGAUACGAAUUGUAACAGAAUUUGCUGUUUGUGCAACACCGACGGGCAUACACACAUACUCGUAUAUGGUUUUUGUUUCUUAAAUUUUUUCUAAACUUGUUCAAAAUGAAUAAGAACCUGGGUCUGGUUGAGCGCUUGCGCUGGCGGCUUAAAAGCCUCGAGCAUAAACUCCAACAAUAUCGUCAGACCACUAGCGAUACGGUUAUAGCUGAUACCGAAUACGGCAAGGUGCGUGGUGUGAAGCGUCUGUCGCUCUACGAUGUGCCCUAUUUUAGCUUCGAGGGCAUCCCCUAUGCCCAGCCCCCGGUGGGGGAGCUGCGCUUCAAGGCACCGCAACGACCCAUACCCUGGGAGGGUGUGCGGGACUGCAGUCAGGCUAAGGACAGAGCGGUCCAGGUGCACUUCGUAUUUGAUAAAGUGGAUGGUUCCGAGGAUUGUCUAUAUCUAAACGUCUAUACGAACAAUGUAACCCCAGAAAAGGCACGUCCGGUUAUGGUUUGGAUCCACGGCGGCGGCUUUAUAAUUGGCGAGGCCAAUCGAGAGUAUUACGGUCCAGACUAUUUUAUGAAAGAGGAUGUUGUGCUUGUUAGUAUACAAUAUCGUCUGGGAGCACUGGGUUUUCUCAGCUUCAAGUCGCCAGCGCUCAAUGUGCCGGGAAAUGCAGGACUCAAGGAUCAGGUGAUGGCUCUUAAAUGGAUAAAGAACAAUUGCGCCAGCUUUGGCGGGGAUCCUGACUGCAUCACUGUGUUUGGGGAGAGCGCUGGCGCCGCCUCCACCCACUACAUGAUGAUUACGGAGCAGACCCAGGGACUCUUUCAUCGCGGCAUCUUGCAGUCCGGCAGCGCCAUUGCGCCUUGGGCAUACAACGGGGAUAUAACGCAACGCGCCUUCACUAUUGCCAAGCUGGCAGGCUACAAGGGCGAAAAUAACGAUAAAGAUGUGCUUCAGUUCUUGUUGAAUGUCAAGGCUAAGGAUCUGAUACGUGUGGAGGAGCUGGUGCUGACACCGGAGGAGCAUGCCAAGAAAGUGAUGUUCGCUUUUGGACCAUCACUCGAACCCUAUUCGACACCGGAAUGUGUGCUUCCCAAGCAUCCGCGGGAGUUGAUGAAGACGGCUUGGAGUAAUUCGAUACCGCUGAUGAUAGGCAACACUUCGUAUGAGGGGCUUUUAUGGGUUCCAGAGGUCAAGCUGAUGCCACAGGUGACGCAGCACCUGGAUGAUGGUACACCGUUUGUGCCUAGGGAACUGGCCGAGAAUGCGGUUAGUGAUGAGCAGCUCAAGACUUUGGCUUCAAAAAUACGUAAUGCCCAUGUCACUGGCGAGCUAGCCACUGCAGACAACUAUAUGGAUGCCUGCAGCAUCGUCUACUUUGUUUUUCCAGCAUUGCGGGUGAUACGCUCACGUCACGCCCAUGCGGCUGGUUCACCCGUUUUUCUCUAUCGCUACGACUUUGAUUCAGAGGAGCUGAUAUAUCCAUAUCGCCUUAUGCGUUUCGGACGUGGCGUCAAGGGUGUCAGUCAUGCCGACGAUUUGACUUAUCAGUUUACGAGCCUACUGGCACGUCGAAUGCCCAAAGAGAGUCGCGAGUAUCGGAAUAUUGAGCGCACUGUGGCCAUUUGGAGGCAAUUCGCGGCCACUGGCAAUCCCUAUAGUGCUGAGAUUAAUGGCAUGGAUACAUUAUCUUGGGAUCCAGUGCGCAAGGGCGAUGAGGUGUUUAAGUCCUUGAACAUAAGCGACGAUUUGAAGUUUAUUGAUUUGCCGGAGUGGCCGAAACUGAAGGCCUGGGAGAGUUUGUUUGAUAAUAACAAGGAUUUGUUAUUCUGAUGAACAAUUUUGGGAUAAUUCCGAAUGUUUCACUUACAUACGUAAUACUAUUAAGCACUUUUAUACCAAUCUACAACUUUUGUACAUAGGCGAAGCUCAGUAUGAAAUUUAGUUGGGGAUGGCAAACAGAGCAAGAUUUUCGGCUUUCCACAGCAAUCUAAAUUAUGUGUAAUGUCAAAUUAUAUACAAUUUAAAUAAAACUAUUAUUGUGUAGUUAUACAAA